AUGGAUCACAGCCCCACUAUGAUGAAGAUAAUAUUUGGUCAAUGUGCCUUGAACAAUGUGUGCAAUCAAGUGCUGGGUGAAUUGAUGGCUGCGAACACUGCCAAGAUCAGUGAUAGCAAUUUUAUCAAGGUGAUCAAUACAAUUAACGCUAUGGAUAGUAAGAAGAUAAGUGUGCGCGAGGGCAAGCGUGAUCUGUUGACCUUGGCUGCGACAAUGAACAAUACAAUGGGCAAUGUCAUUGAAGGACUAGCAAACUUGCAAACAAAUCUGUGCACCAAGAACUUACUGACAUUCGGCCAGACGCCAUCAGUUCAACGCUCGUGCAGCAUGACUUUGGGUGUCCUCUUGGAUUCGGUGAAGCCAAGGCUGGCAACGUAUCCACCACAAAAACAAGCAGUCAAUUUGGACAUUUUCCGACUUGGUAUCACUUGCAAGCGCGCCAUCGAACGGCAUGAUCUACUGGUUUGUUUGGCCUUUAUCAUCAAAGGAUAUUCCAUUUCCUUUUUUAUUGUAUCCAAACGCCACGACUGUCUUUACACUAUGAUGGAAAUUGCCUCGUUGGACUUUGCUUCUUCCUUAUCCAAUUUACACACUUUUGCAAUUCGCAAAAUUUUGGAUCUCCUUGCUGCGGUAAGCUAUUGUUUCUGGUCGACCUGUGUCCCGGAUCUACCAUAA